AUGGCUCUGAAAGAGGUAUUAUCACUUAAAGCAGACUUCUUUCAGUCGCAACUUGAGAUAUCGAGCUCCGCAGACAACUCAUCAACGCCAUCUAGAUCGGAGACCACCGUGAAAAGGAUCAAAAAGGCUCCUGAAUGCUCUAUUCGAGUUUUGCAAUGCAAAAUAGGGCUGGGUCGAAUAGAAACAGAAACAAAUGCAUCAGGUAAUAAUGCGGUGGCUAUUAAAGUGGAAUAUCACACCGUCGAUGACAAACAUUUCUUCAUCGCCACAAGUGCGUCAAAACCAAUUAUGAAAUGCGAUGUGACAGAAUUUUGCGAGGUUUUGGAGCUACCGCUGCAAAUUUUGGCUCAAAAGGGUCUUGAACAGGAGUUAAAGGCAAGGUCACAGGCUCUCAAAUGUCAACACAACGCCGAGAAUACCGCUUCGCGGAAGAAGCGCAAAGUGAUGACUUCUACCGCUAAUUCUUCAAUUGGUAAGAUCCAAACAAAAUACCGAGAGCUGGACUGCUCGCCAGCUCUGCUGAGUGUAACUGAUGAUCUUGAAGUAUGGGAUCUCGAAUUCACGAUCUCUCUUCGAUACAAGAAAGAUGGCCCAAACAAUUUUUCUACAGAGACCAAUCGUUUUCUGGACACACUAUUCAGUAACUCAGAUCGUCAACACUUUGUGAAACAUGAACUGACUCAUUAUUACGUUCAGAAGCAGUUCAACCAUCAAACUGCGAAAUACUCCAAAGAGCUCAAACUUGAUUCAACAGCUGAAUUACCAGAUACUCCGCAGCUAAAUGUUCGCCUUUUACCUUUCCAGAAGGAUUCAGUUCGCUGGAUGCUAAGAAAAGAAGGAUAUUUUCCUCCCAAAGCUCUACCAACUAUUAGUACGCUACAUCCUAACGAACUGUGCGAGCUUCUCAAUGCACAUGUGUCCUUUGGCUACGAAAUCAUGGCAACACUUGAUGACCUAAUGUAUUGGAACAAAUUCACCGGAUACAUACUAUCUUCAAGAGAUGCAAUAGCUGUGCUUGAAGCUACAAACUUUCGUAACGCUCCUUGUGCCCAUGGUGUUUUAUCAGAGGAAAUGGGAUUGGGUAAAACAUUAGAAAUUUUAGCCCUCAUUCUGUUAAACAAACGGAAACUCCCUGAAAAGUCAACUUUCACUACCCCAGCCGGUAAGAUGAUACGCAGGGCCUGCACUAACCUAAUCGUAUGCCCUGAAAGCAUAUUGGGACAAUGGAUCGACGAAAUAGAUAUUCAUGUCACUAAUGAAGCUGCGAAAACUGGUGAGCGCGACUUAAGAGACCGUGCAGAGCUAAAUGUGUUCCAUUACAAAGGAUUUCAAGAUGUCAAAGCGCACUUCCGAACUGACGACGUCGACCAGAUUGUACAGCAACUUGCGAGGUAUGACAUUAUUAUCUGUUCUUACACGACGGUAUCUGCAGAGGUCCAUUACGCGGAAUUCAGUGCUGCUAUAAGAUAUAGGCGUGGCAGUGCUCCCAAGUACGAUUAUUCGUCGCCACUCUCACUUUUGCAGUUCUAUCGUAUCAUUCUUGAUGAGGUUCAAAUGUUGCGAGGUGAAAGUACCAAUGCUGCAAGAUGCACAGCACUUUUGCAUCGUAUACACACUUGGGGCGUUUCAGGCACACCCGUGAAUAGUAUCUCUGACUUCAAAACGGUUUUGUCAUAUUUACAGUUUCAUCCUUUCCAGGAUAGUCCCAAAAUUGUCGAUGCUGUAAGGAAAAAUCUUGCACGAAGGACAAAAGGCCAGGUGCAGGAGGGAAACAUGGACGCUUCACAAAAUCUGCUUGUGAAAGGUAUUAGAUUUGAUGCAAACGACUUGAUGGAUAUUUUUCCCAGGUUUGAUCUGAGCAUGAGACACUCCAAGGCUGACGUUGCAGAUCAAAUUCGAAUUCCGGAACAGCACAACUACAUAAUUCCACUGGAAUUCCUCCCGAUAGAGCAAGACAACUACUUGAAUCUUUGGAAUAGCUUCCUAGACGCUUCAGGUUUGCGUAGUGAUGGCCGUGGCAAGACCUUUCUUUCCUCUAAGGAUCUGAAUUACUGGCUGGGCGUACUACGGAAGACUUGUUGUCAUGCUCUCAUGCCAAAGUCGAUGUUGAGGCAAGAGGGAGAACAGGAUUUGGGAACAAUUCAAACAAUGGACGUCAUACUAAACAAUAUGAUGAAGGAUGUUAAAGAAAAAAUCGAGAGCUUGCAUAGGGAAAACUUCACUUUGAAGAUUCAGCGUGCUCAGGUUUAUAUCGAAUUGGAUGAUGAACCACUAAAGGCUGUGGAUUUGCUUCAUCAAAUUCGUGAGGAACUAAUAGGAGAAAUAAAGCAGUGGUUUGGCAUCAAUAUUUCGGCUCAAGAGAUAGAUAAAGUAGGAGAACUUUUGAUAAGUGAUGCCAAUAGCGAUUCUCAAGUUGCAAAGGCGAAGCCUUAUAUGGAUUUGCUCCAUCAGUGCUUCUUUUUCGUCGCCACUGCUUACUAUUUCCUAGGCUCGAAAAAAUUGGAAGCAAUUGAUGCCGAGAACGAAAGGCGUGUGACGUCUGAGACAGCAGAAAUCACUACUGUUUCUCACGAUAUCACAUCACAAAAAUACGCCGACUCAUUCUCAAAAGAAGAAUUGGACAAAAUUACUUACUAUCAAGAAAACGAACAAAAGAACUACGAAUACGCCGAGGUCUUGCGUAAAGCAAUACUAGCUGAUAGGAUAAAAAAGGUGGAUGAAGAAAUUGAGAGUUUGAGGCGUUUUUUCAAAACAAAAAAAGCAAAUUCCAAAUGCUUCUUGGAUGACAUUUCCUUUGAGGAGAAGAGGGAUUACUCCUCUAACAUGGGCAUGGCCUUAUGUUACAAACGACUUGGCAAUUUGUUUCUAAAUCUCAACAGCCAGGCUGCUCAGUUUAACUCAUUGGUGAAGGACUUAAAGGCUCUCUCUUACAAACCACUAAUCAUAGAAUAUGACGAGCAAAAUCAAGAUGAAAAAGCGAAAGACUAUGAAAAUACAAUUGAGAAUCAAGAUAAAGUGUUUGCUCUAUUGGAUUGCCUCGAGCGAUUAUUGGUAAAUCGUGAAGAAGCCACGACCUCUGAUGAGGAUAUAAAACUUUCGACGAACCUGUUCAGAAACACUGACACAUUCUCGAACUAUCAUGUUGAUCUAAUAUCUCAAUUGAAUUUUUAUGAAGGUCCAACGCUCAAAAUGGUAUUCACUGAAUUGAAAAACAUUACGAUUGUAAAUGGUCUAUCGGCUUCCACCACUGGUCAUAAAGAUGACUUCGAUGCAUACUUGUUAACAUUUGAAUCAGAGAUUCCGAGGAUCAAAAAAGAAAUCAAGAUUUUACGCGAGAACAUGAAAAAGUUCAACGAGAUCUACAAUACCAAGACGGGCUAUUUCAGCAAUCUCCAAAGAAUUUCUGACUCUCUUAUUUCUCUCAUUCAAUUAGAACCCUCGGCUGUAGGGUCUAUUGUGAAGAAUACCAAGAACAACGUGCAACUCAAUGAAAACAUUCGUAAGAUCAAUAACUUAAGGUCGAGACUGAAGUAUUUAGAGACACUGACAACCUUACGUGAGGACCUCAACUCGAAGAAAAGGUUCAACUGCACAAUAUGUUUGAGUGAAAUCUUUGUGGGCUCUAUGAUCAAAUGUGGACAUUUCUUUUGCAAAAGCUGCAUUUACAGCUGGCUGAAGAACAAGAGUGCUUGUCCUUUGUGUAAGACAGAAACGUCUUUGUCAGAGGUUUACACGUUUAAAUUUCAAGAGGCACAGUUUAAAGAGGACGAAGGUCGGUCUGAUAUUGCCGAUGAGUCCGAUAUUAAAACUGCAGUCAGUGCUCAUGGAUCAUCUGAAGAACAUCUACAGCGAGAAACGCACUACCCACACAAAUUUCGCAGCUUUGAAAACAUUGAAAAAGUGCAUCAGCUUUCACUCAAGGAAACGUACGGCUGUAAAGUUGACUUUGCGGUGAAGCUUGUUCUUUACCUGCAGAUUUGCCACAGGGAAGAAGCAGAUCGUGAUCCAAACGCAAAACCACCUCAAAUCAUAAUUUAUUCGCAGUACUCGGAUUUUCUCGAUAUUUUAUCUAGCGUGCUAACGCGGCAUGCGAUCAAGCACCUGAAUACCUCUGGGUCUUCUAAAUUUUCCAAGAGCAUCGAGAAGUUCAAGAAAGAUUCAGGUAAUACUUGCUUACUUUUGGACGUUAAGAAACAAGCCACCGGGCUUACUCUAGUGAACGCUACUCACGUCUUCAUAAUGGAACCAAUUAUCAACGAUAGUGCCGAAAUUCAAGCAAUCAAUCGUACCCAUAGAAUAGGGCAGACACAGGAAACAUAUGUGUGGAAUUUUGUGAUGAGAAACACAGUAGAACAAAAUAUCGUCAACUACAAAUCUGUCUUGGAAGAAAAGAGGGCUUCAGUGAAAAAGGUGCGGUCGCUGCACGCAGAGGAGAGACAAUUAAAGCCGGAAAGCACUCCCGAUGGCGAGGGCACGUCGAAUGAUGAUGACGACGAUGAUGAUGAUGGUGAUGAUGAUGAUGAUGAUGAUGAAGAGGAGUACUCUUUCAACGUGAAUGGAGAUGAGAGCGUCUCAGGUAAACACAUCUGGAACUGCUUUUUCCAUACAUGA